UUCGCAAUGCGUGUGGAUAAAAAUAAGGAAGCGACUAUACAUCGCCAUGACACAAGCAACGAAUUUGCCGGCAGGUCUAAUUGCGUGCUGGUUUCUACCUUUCGAGAUCCAUAGCUUGUGCUGCAUGCAUUUGCUUGGUCACCCUCCUUGCACGAAGCGUUCGGACGGUCUUCCUUCACCUCGCUCAAGCCAAACUGUCGUCUGUCCCAUUGUGUCAAUCUCAGUCUGCUCUCGACGACCAUCCCUCCAGCCCCCGCCAUGCCGCCAAAGCCCUCAUCUGUCCCAGCUGCGUCGGAGCAAGCAGCGGCUGAGGCCAACCUCGACGGACUAACUCUAAACGGAGGCGACCACCGCGAUACAGGCGAAAAGAGCGCGCCAGGUGAACAAGGCGCGAAGGCGAGGAGGAAUAGGAAUAGAGACAAGAGACGCCGAUCGAAGAAGAGCAAAGACGCGACAGCUGAUAAUGCAACAUCAACCACUACCGAUGGUGUCACCGAGGUCGACAGCACCAGCGAGGCUGAGGCGGAUAAGUCCAUCGAUCUUCGCGCACCAUCCCCGCUAUCAGACACAGACACAAUCGCUACCGAGUCACUUCCCCAGUUCAAAUUCGGUCGCGCACUAUCACAGCCCUUCGUCGAAGUCCCAGUCUUGGCGCAUUACGAGCUUCGCGAGCUGCCCAGCGCUGGCGAAAACGAGGACGACGACGACAACGACCAAGGUCUCUUUGCCUUCAAGAAGAUCGAGCAAGGCACACGCAUAAUCUCCGAGCGCCCGCUGUUCACACUCCCAGCUCCAGGCGAUCAGUUGCACGACCUGAUGCCAGCUUACCACAAUCUCCCCAAGUCCGAGCAGGAGCGCAUCUGGAACCUCAGGCCAGCUGCCCCAGAGACGUCCGAGCAGCUUCAGAACCUGCGAUUCCUCACAGACAGACUCGCUAUGGAUCUGCAGAACAUCAUGUUCAAGUCAGAAGCGAUUCGGACGAAGGAGGAGCAGGCAACUCUCGAUGAAAUGAAACCGAAGCUCGAGAACGCCAUGAACGUCUGGCGUGUAGCCGCGCGCUGGCACGCAAAUCGUUGUUCCAUGACCGACCUUCCCGUUGCACAGCGAGCAGACCUGCCCAAAGGCACGCCGGUCACCGGUCUCUUCAUCGAGCGAGCACACAUCCGUCACUCGUGUGUACCCAACUGCUUCGCCAGCUACGACCCGAACCUUGAUCGCAUAAACGUGCACGUCACCCGCGACAUAGCCGUGGGUGAAGAGCUGACACUUUCCGCCUUCGCAGACAACAACUACUACAAGAACGCCGAAGACCGGAAGGAAGAGCUGUCUGCUUGGGGUCUGACAUGCAAUUGCGAGGCCUGCGACGAGAAGCACCCCAAGUUCGAGAUUCACGAAGCAGCACGACAGCGCGCUCACACCCGCGUCGUUCUGCUCAACGACAUCCUGACGCGCUUGGAGACUGAAGACUUCCCCGAAGACAAUCUCACAACGGCCCAAGAAAUCCUCCUCGCGCUCAUCCGUGACCUCAAAGCCUCUGGGUGCGAGACGGUCGAAACCGUGCGCUGGCGCAACAUCCUCGUCGACCGCAUUCUUCCCGCGCGCGCACUCGUCGUUCCCGAUAGCGAGAAGCUGAUUGCCUGGCAGAUUGUUCUGGGGCAUGCGAGGGAGUGCGAGAGGAUGGGGAAGAUUUGUUAUGGUGGGGAUCGUGAGGAGUGCAGGGUGCUUGAGCAGACGAGGGAGGGGACGGAGGCUGCAAUUCGCAUGUUGGAGGAGGCGAUCGCAAACGAGGAGGCUGUUGGUGGCUUUUUUGAUGAAGACUAAGGGUUUGGGGAUGGUGGAGAAGGUGGAGACAUACGAUCGACAAGUUGGGCAGCUUCAUGUAGAGGCGAGGUGAUGAGUG